UCUAUUCUUUAUAGUUAACAUGGCGGGUGAUGAAAGUGACAGUGAUCUCAAACCAUCACAAGUAGUAAUAGUUAGAGAAGUUUAUGACAGUGAAAAUGCUCACAUUAAAUUUGAAAUGGAAUUGGAAAGAGCACUGGAGGCUGGUGUGAGCGUUAUAGUAAUAGAACCCGAACCUCUCGGAGAAGAAACAGCUAGAUGGAUAUAUGUAGGAAAUUUGUUACAUAAAGUUUCUGUUUAUAGUGGUUUGUGUAGCAUUGCAUCAGGCUUGACAUGGAGUUCAUUAGCUUGCACACCUUUUGGCAUUGUCUCAGUCCUUUGUGCUGGUUGCUACACACUGUCCUGGCAAUGGGAUCCCUGUUGCAAAUAUCAGGAAGAAAAAAAUCUACAUCGCCUAUCUAAACUACCUAUUUUAAGUGAUCUAACGUCUGCAUCACCGGUUGUACUUGUGCACACAGAUAAUAGAAGAAAAAUAAUUUUACAUGGCACUGUGUCUUUAGCUGCGGCAGCUAUUUGUGUAUGGAGAAUUUAUAACACUUUCAAAUGAGAUAGGUAUAAAAUAUGUAUUCAUGUUCAUAUAGACAUUGUUCUGAUUAAAUAUUUUGAAAGAAUAGGGAAAGCUUAUUUUGCUUCUUACUAUUCUGUCUCUACCUUGUGUAUAAAAUAAUUUGUUAUAGAUUAAAGUGUAAAAUUUGUUACAAUUAUUUAAAAAUAUUACUGAUUAGAAUAGUUGAAUUCUGUACAAAAAAUGAUUAUAAGGAUGCUUUUUUAGAAAUGAUAGCUGGUUGUUAAAUAAUUUUGUUAUAUUAUGACCAUGAUAAAAGUGAAAAAAAAAUCACUAUUAUCAUGCAAUAAAAGUUAAAUUAAUUUUUCAA